GCGCCCCUCUGUUGGGGAGAAGGAGGCACCACCCUGCCUUGCCUUCGUAGAGAGCCACUGCCGGCAACAAGGGAAAAGGUCAAGGGGUAACCCCAGUCAAAGGCAACUCUGGGGUGCGGCGCUCAUCUGGCUUCCAGGCCGAGGGAGCCGGCGUUUCUCCACAGACAGCUCUUCCAUGUGGCCAGCAGGACUAAACCGCUUCUGGCCUGGAUCAGAUACAAAAUAAAAGAACAAAAUUUCAGCAGCUGCCUUGGCUAUCUGUCGGGUCCAUAAUGCACAGAGUCAGAGCAUAACUGUAGAUUUCUGCAAGAUUGUGCGCAGUCAGGACAUAGAAGCUGUAUUUAAAAUUUUAUUUGUACUAUUUUCUUCUUAUGCAAUGUUGGCAUUGGUGUGUUUUAUAUGUGCAUAAAUUUUAUAAGUUGCUUUUGUUUGUUCUUAGAAUUGCUAGUUUGUGUCAACUGUAAGCCAGCCUGAGCUCUUGGAGAUGGGCCGGAUAGAGAGGAAUUUUGAUGGGUCAGCUCAUUAUGUCUAUUAUCAUCAGAACUGUUUAAGAUGUUCAUGCAUCUGCAGAGGGACAUUGGUUGUGCACUAAAGAACUACAGCCAAUUAGUUUAUCUGAUGGUGCACAGAGUGGAUUUAUUAGUGUUCGUUGAAAGACACCCUGGAGAUAUGUUUGCUGCAUAAAGCCACAGUCCUGUAUGGACUCUAAAAGCAACAUUUCAAAAACUGUAUGCACAGGUUAUUGUUCACAGCUAUAAUGGGGAAAAUGUCCCAGAGGGUGGCUUUAAUCUUGAGAUGUUGCCAGACAGAGCUUCAGAGAUUGCCCUAAUCACUUCUUCCUCUUAUUUUUCUAGGCUACAGAAAUGGCAUAGACUUUCAUCUCUAAAUGAUCUAAACUAAGACUUGUUGAUGUUGAAAAGAUGCUGGAUGUUGGGAAAUGGCCAAUAUUUGCUCUCCGCUCUCAAGAGGAGUUGAAGUUAAUUCGCCAGGCCUGUGUAUUUGGCAGUGCAGGCAAUGAAGUACUUUAUGCAACUGAGAAUGAUGAGGUUUUUGUGCUUGGCACUAACUGCAGUGGUUGUUUGGGAAUCGGUGACACACAGAGCAGCAUUGAACCUCGAAGGUUAGAUACUUUGUGUGGCAAAAAACUAGCCUGCCUCAGCUAUGGAAGUGGCCCCCAUGUUGUUGCUGCUACCACUGAAGGAGAAGUAUAUACUUGGGGACAUAAUGCUUAUAGUCAACUGGGAAAUGGAACAACCAACCAUAGUUUAGUUCCUUGCCAAAUCUCCACCAACUUGUUAAACAAAAAAGUGAUUGAAGUUGCCUGUGGCUCACAUCAUUCAAUGGUUUUAACAUCUGAUGGAGAGGUUUAUACAUGGGGCUACAACAAUUCAGGGCAAGUUGGAUCUGGCUCAACAGCCAACCAGCCAAUACCACGGAGAGUCACUAGCUGCUUACAAAGCAAGAUUGCAACUAACAUUGCUUGUGGCCAGAUGUGCUCAAUGGCGGUGGUAGAAAAUGGGGAGGUUUAUGUCUGGGGAUACAAUGGCAAUGGCCAGCUUGGAUUGGGCAAUAGCGGCAAUCAACCAACACCUUGCAGAAUAGCAGCUCUGCAAGGCAUCCAUGUGCAGCGGGUUGCCUGUGGCUAUGCACAUACCUUAGUGCUAACGGACAAAGGUCAGCUGUAUGCCUGGGGAGCAAAUUCCUACGGCCAGUUAGGCACUGGGAAUAGAGGGAACCAGUCCUACCCUGCUCCUGUGCCUGUGGAUAAAGACAGAGUCGUAGAGAUUGCUGCAUGUCACUCUGCUCAUACUUCUGCUGCUAAAACCCAGGGUGGCCAAGUGUACAUGUGGGGUCAGUGCCGGGGACAGUCUCUCACUCUGCCGCAUCUCACCCACUUUGUCUGCACAGAUGAUGUGUUUGCUUGUUUUGCUACUCCUGCAGUGACUUGGCGUCUCCUCUCAGUAGAGCCUGAUGACCACUUAACAGUAGCUCAGUCAAUAAAGAAGGAAUUUGACAGUCCAGAUAAUGCAGAUGUGAGAUUUCAAGUGGAUGGAAAAUACAUUCAUGUUCAUAAAGUCCUUCUCAAAAUUAGGUGUGAGCACUUCCGUUCAGUACUAAACAACAACAACGAUGAAAUUAUAGAAAUAAGUGAAUUCUCAUAUCCCGUUUACCGAGCCUUUCUGGAAUACCUGUACACAGACAGCAUCAGUCUUCCUCCUGAAGAUGCAGUAGGUCUGCUGGACCUCGCAACCUUCUACCGUGAAAAUAGACUGAAAAAGCUUUGCCAGCAAACAAUCAAGCAGGGAAUUUCCGAGGAGAAUGCAAUCGCCCUUCUUUCCGCUGCAGUCAAGUAUGAAGCAAAGGAAUUAGAGGAAUUUUGCUUUCGGUUUUGCAUAAACCACUUGACUGUAGUUACUCAGACAUCAGGCUUUGCAGAAAUGGACCAUGACCUUCUGAAGAACUUCAUUAGCAAAGCCAGCCAAGUGGGAGCAUUUAAAAACUGAAGGAAGGGCAGUGGCAGAAAAUCAAGGCAUUUUCAGAAGGGAGACACGCAAAGUAAGUGCUGAAAUGUAGUUUGGCUCGCAAAACAUAGCCACUAACUUCAUGGAGCAAAAAAGGCAGCGGGACUCUCAUAGCCACUCCCCCCCGGGGGGGGGGGGAUAUUGUUGCGUCUUCCGUUGUCACUUGUUCAGCUUUGAAAAACCUUGCAGAAAUGCUGUUUGGAGUUUGCAUUGGCAGCAUUCAAGAAUCAAUGUGCUGCCCCAAUAAGGGACUCUUAGUACUCAUGGAAACCUAGGAAAGGACACAGCACCCCUUGGUCUAUUCACUUCACUAUGUUCUACUCUCUUUGCAGAGGAUGCCAUCUCUUGGCUUUAGCUUGGACAUGGAAAUAAUUAAUCCUUCAAAGCAAUAUAUUAUCCUAAGUGAAAUUCAAAUGGUGUCACUACAUCAGUCUCUCUGCUGCAACAAUGGUGCAAGCUUUUGUGGGCCAUAGCCCACUUUUGACAGGGAAUUAAAAAUUACUCCCUGAUUUAAGUCUAGGCUAGUUUUCAGAAAUCUAAACCCACUUAAAAGCAAGUGUCAUAAAAGCGCCACCGCUAUUAGCCGUCUACAAAAGUGACUGCAGUGGUACGUAGCCUCGUGCAUUGAGAUGCACCAAGCAACCAGAACCUACAGUAUUUUUUCAGCAACUGGUGUUUUCCUCAUUUGCAGGUAAAUUUGGUUAUUAUACCAACCUCUGCUGUGGUUGUUAUUUCUAGCCUGUCACACCCUAUAAUCCUCAGAGGCAAGAGGAGCAGCAUUGUAAACCUCUUUUGUACUCCAAGCUACAGUGACCGCCUUUUGCAGCAGAAAUGACUUCUCUACUUCCAUCCACCCAAAGGUGGGUGGUGGAGGACGAUAAAUAUUUUACAUUAAUAAGUCAGAACAUCAAUACAGUCAUACCUCGGUUUAAGUACGCUUCGGUUUGAGUACUUUCAGUUUAAGUACCCCGCAGACCCGUCUGGAACAGAUUAAUCCACUUUCCAUUACUUUCAAUGGGAAAGUUCGCUUCAGGUUAAGUACAGACUUCCAGAACCAAUUGUGUACUUAAACCGAGGUACCACUGUAAAAGAAGGAGGCAGUGGAGCUGCCCUAUGGAAAAGAAGUUGGCUGGGGGAGAAAACAAGUGGAUUUUUGAAGAGAUUCUGUUCACUUACCUUUUUUAACUCUGGUUUGAAAUUCUGCCAACCUGUAUAAAUUAUGUAUAAUUUAUCCUGCAGAUCUUGGGGGGGCACUGAGCUCUUGCCCCUUAACUACUAAACUUUGCUUAACUCUUCUUCCUCCACUCCCACUUCUACGGCUUCAGAUAUCUAAAUUUAACCUUCUCUAAUCACACGCUCUUACAGGGAAAUCUCAACAGGAGCUAGUUCCUUCACUGUUACAACUGGUAGAAAAUACUCAUGUGUGUUUGACUAAGGUGUAUUUUUAGAACUAGUCUUCUAAAGAUCUUCCAUGUAUGUGGGAACUUGAAAACUGCUUCAAAAUCUGAUACAUACGUGUGCCUAUUUUAGGUCAAAGAAAGGCCACAGUACUGUUUUGUCUUUGUCACCAAAGUGAAAUGGGGUGCAAAGAAAAAUGGUGUUUCUAGUCUACAAGAGCUUUUAAACUUUCCAUUGGUAGAAAGUACGACUGGUAUUUUACCUGAAAAGUAGAUCUGUAAGGGUGUCAUGCGGUCACUGGGUUGGGUGGCGUCCUGGUGAAGAAGGCAGGAGUGAUAAGCUCUUCCCACAGUGGGUAUCCUCCCAGACUUGCUGAGCUAAAGUUCUGCUGUAGAAAGUACUGCUGACUGUAGAAGGAGCGAAAGGGGAGCAAAGCACAGGCAAGAGCAGGAAACGGGGGAGCACCCACUUCUUGAAGAGCUCCCCUGCCUUCCUCACCAGGACAACUCCACCCAACCCAGUGACACCAUGACACAAGUGUUACUGCCAAGUAAACCUUGUGUAAGAUAAUGCUAUAAAAGUUGCUUAUUUAAUCAUCAUUGCUGAAAAUCAACAUCCUUGUGUACUAUUCAAACCAAAUUAAGGAGUUUUUGCAUGAUACUGUGGCUGUAAUCCUGUGAUGCUUGGAAAGACGUCAUGUGGCCACAGAAUGCAUCAGCUCUCCCUUUCUGAGGCUGAAGAGAGAUCUAUUGUUUGAUCCCUUGGUCCUGCUUCUGCCACAACUGCCCUGACCGGACCAGCCUUGGAGAUCCAAUGUCUCUAGGGCCGAAAAGGGACCUGCUGGCUGGCCAGCAACCAUGGCAAAGUGACCCAAAGGAGCUAGCACAUUUGCUGUCCCUGAACAUGUCCACCAGCUGAGUGCUCCUCCACCCUCAUUUCCAGUGCUGGCGAGAGCUUGGCAGAGCAUCAGAAAAAGAGGAAGACAACAACACUCAUUGAAAUACCUUGGGUGAUUGGAAAACUAUAGAUAGAUUUGGCACCUCACUAGGUAGUACUGUAUGUCACCUUUAAUAACCACUCCAUUGGGAAGUGUGGAAAGCUGGAUCCAAGACCACACAGG